AUGAAUCAUUUAGAAAAACUAAAUGAUACUCUCAAUACAUCAUAUUUAUCAAGUAAUCAUAGAGUUAUAUUUUAUUUACAAAAUUCAACAACUAAUUCAUUCAAUAUUCUUUCAAAAGAUUCAUCAAAUGAUUUAUAUAAUAUAAAACAAAUUCCAUCAUAUAAUCGUACAAAUUCUUUAUCAGAAGACGAAUUAUUAUCAAGAUCAGAUUUUAGUUCAACUUCAAGUUUAUCUGAUCAAAUAACAAGUUCAAAUACAUCAUUAUCA